CCACAUGGUGUGGCGGGUGUGACCCCUGACCUCUGUGAGUAUCUCGCCGGCAGCACCACGUGUUCGCGGCUCCGCGUUGUCUGAUCAGUCAGAGAGCAGGCAGUAAGAUGGCGGUGCGGUGGGGAGCAGGAGAGGAGAUGUUGAGCACCGGCACUAUGGAAUUUUUCACUACAUACAGCCUGGACGAGCGCGAGGUGCUGGGAGGCUCUUUGUCCAGUAGUGGCCUCCACAAUCUUGGCCUGAAUAACCUGGAUGAGGGAGAGAUCCUGGAAUCCUUUCACGGCUGCCUUGACCCGUCCAUUAUCUCCAUCCUGGAAGACUCCUCCACCAUCAGUGAGACUAAAAGCCGCCUGGAUGAGGAAGGCGAAGCUACACUGCUGACUGCUCUCACGGAGAUUCUAGACAGUGUGGACGAUGAGAAUUUAUCACCGUUCGACACUCUCCCCGAUUCGGAGCUCUUCACUUCCAAUAAAGAAAGGGGCAGCUCCCCGCUAAGACGACUCCUGAGCCUGGCCAGGUCUCCCCCUGAGCAUGAGACUCUCAACCUUGAGGACCUGCGGAGACCCAAACCCGUCUCCUCCAGCAGCACUGUGCAGGUGGAGAGUGGAGCUCCUGACAGACAAUGGGAGUCCUUCCUGGAAGGAUUUGGGAAGCCCCGGGCUGAUGGUCCACAUGGGAAAGCAAGGACUGCACCCCGCGGAGCUGUGACUAGGGGCCACUUCAGUGUGGAAACCAAGAACACAGCCCUGCAGAGGAGCGACGGAGAGGAGGAGGAGGGAGAGGCCAGCAGCCCUGCCCAGGGGUCUUCAGAGAGUGACGGGGACCCCUCCUCGCCUGCUGGAGCACAGCUGGGGAUCCCCUUGACCUUCGAGGCCAGCUCAGAGUGCGUGGUGAAUCCACAGAGCUUCACCAUCAAUGACCUGGUCAAGUACAUGCACCCCUACUGCCUGACUGUAUGCCUGGAGCCAGGAGACGAAGAGAGUGAGCAAAUAAUUGCCAACGGAGGGCUGGUGCUGGAGAUCGUGGAGGGAGAGCAGCAGGGAGGUCUCAUUGCUGGCUUUCCAGAGCUUGGAAUUCUGGUGGAGGAUUCAGGAGACGGUUUGGCAGAGUCGAUGGAACAAUCGGCUCACCCAGAAGAGGAAUGUCAGAGCUCAGAGGCUCCUGGGAUAGAGGCUCAUCCCAAGCAGGACACACAGCCAGAAGUUGGCGCUGGCGUCGAAGUUGAAGAGAAGGUUGCCGAGGAAAGAUCAAAGGGCCAGAGCCCGGAAAGACGAGCAUCCAGUCGGAGGAAGAAACGGAAGAGCAGAGCAGGUCCAGGGGGAGGGGUUCGGGAGGACAAACCGAAGAGCCGCCUGAGAGAGGAGGUGGGGGAGGAGGAAGAGGUCAUCGAUGUUUGCCAGCCUCCUCCUACACAAUCUGUUACUUCUGGUGCCGCUGCCCUCAAAGAAUCACAUUUUCUGGCUCGCCAACUUGAGAGUUCCGGAUUGCAGUCCACCCGGGAAAGGUGUGUCCAGACCCGGUGCCGAGCUAAAACUGGAGAGAUGGCAUUAAAAGCUAACACUGCGCGUGUGGCAGCAAAGCCAAGGAGCACCAAAAAAAGUUGUGCUGUUUCACAGACACUGACCGAGGUCAAAACCCACAGACAGCGAGGGUUACCUGCGGCGCCGCAGCCCAGCCCAGGGCUUGUGACAACACCCAGCUCUGCUGUGACCAGCGCAGCAGUACAGGAGCCAGAGGGUCCAAGCUCAUCUACCCCCCCACAGGGGGAAAGCAGCCCCCCAGAAUCAGAGGCAACCCUGACAGGAGGAUCCUCAAUCCAGGAACAGAAGGAUCCUAAACCGAGAAUGCUCAGCCUGGAGCAGUACCGGCUCCUCCGGCAGAAGAAGAAGCCUGCGCCUGUGGAGAAGGUCCAGGACCAGAGCAUGAAGUGGCCCACCCUGCCGGAGCUCCCCAGGGAGCUGCCGCCCAUCCCCUGCUUACCAGAGCCUGCGCCAACCGCCCAGAGAAAAACAGACCAGCCACCCACAAAGACGGGGUCUGCCUGGCACCCAAUGGGGCCCGGGGCUCCUCCAACACCCGAGGCCCUGCUGGUUCCGCCAGGCAUGAGAGUGGCCCCGAGCAGGCCUGCCAUCCACCUGACAAAACAUGCCGUGCCAGGCUUAGGACCUUCCCCUGUAGAUCCUCGCUGCCGCCCCCGAGCUGGAACAGCCCUGCCUGUUGCGUCUGCCGCUGCUUUGAAUGUUGCUGCUGCCAGUGAUGCUUUACAGAAUCCCACUACAGCCAAUGGCCAAAGCCUGCUGUUUUAUGCCCCCCAGAACUCCACGUUGCCUCCUAUUGAACGGGAUGUGCAGUGUGAUGGGAGGACACCACUACUCCUGAAUGCCACCUCCGUAGCAUCUUUCCAUAAACCACAAAUUACGUCUGACAGCCAGUCAAUCGUGAGUCCCCAGCAGCUCCCUAAGGCAAUGGCUCGUCCGAACAGCAUUCAAGUUCACUGCGAACCAGCGACCCAGACCGCUGCGGGAGUCAAUCAGCCACGACCCAGACCCAGUUUACCGAAGGCUCCAGUUCAGCAACCUGAGACUGGAGUCCCUGCAGCCAGAGCACCUGGGGGAAGAGCCGCACUGACAUCCCUUAACACUGUGGAACACAGGCAGCCGGGCUCAAGGCUUCCCACGCCAUACCCCCCAGCCCAGGGAUCAAGGCUUCCUACGCCAUGCCCCCCAGCCCAGGGAUCAAGGCUUCCUACGCCAUGCCCCCCAGCCCAGGGAUCAAGGCUUCCUACGCCAUGCCCCCCAGCCCAGGGAUCAAGGCUUCCUACGCCAUGCCCCCCAGCCCAGGGAUCAAGGCUUCCUACGCCAUGCCCCCCAGCCCAGGGAUCAAGGCUUCCUACGCCAUGCCCCCCAGCCCAGAAGAAAACUGCCAGUGUGGAUUCUGCUCCACUGAGACCAGCUAUAGCCCAGCCACUUACUGCAGUGGUGAAGAGUCCCACUGAAGAUCUCAUUCAAGCCUUUACUAGUGAAAUAGGUAUUCAGGCCUCUGACCUGACAAGCUUGCUAGAACAGUUUGAAGAGACUCAAGCCAAAGAGCAGCACUGUGUGCCGGAGGUCUCUGGCAGAGCAGCAGCUGUAGGAAACUCGGGCUCUGAGCCCCAGGUGGACAGGAAGAUGUUGGAUCGCGUGCGCGGACCGGACCUGGCCAGCACUGCCGGUCUGACCCCUCCUGCCACACCUCCCCAUCACAUGUGGAAGCCCCUGGCUCCUGUUUCCCUGCUGAGGAAACCCAAACUGCCCGAGGGACCCAAGCUGUCCCCUGCCAAGGCCAUCCAGAUCAUCGACCCAAAGCCUCUGCCCCACAGCAAGACUCGCACCAAGCUCCCCAGCAGCCCGGCUCCCAGCCUGCACAGUGAGAACCCUUCCUUCGCAGAUCACGAUUACUGCCUGCCUGGGACGGAGCCCGCCUGCGCGGAGAAGGGAAGGCGCUGGAAUGUGAAGCAGCAGAGCAGCAUUACAAUCAAGCCUAUAGAGCAGCGUGCUCCUGCAGGCUGCCCUAGAAAAUGUGCCGUCCAGCCGCUGGAUCACAGGACUCUGUCAGGCUCAGUCCUGCUGUCCCCAGAUUCCUCCCCCUGCAGGCUGGAGGCUGACACUGCAUCCCGGGACAGCACAGAGUUCUCUAGCAGCAGACGCUUUCGUUACUACAGCCCAGAGAAGAGCGAGAGGGGAAGGGCGAGGAGAAGAUCCCGCACACGCUCAUCCAGCUCCUCCGAGUCCGAUUCGUCUGGGUCCAGGUCCAGCUCUCCACUGACCAAGAGACGGAGAAGGUACAGAUCCCGGUGUUCCCGAAGCAGCUCCAGCUCCAGCUCCAGCUCCCCCUCUCACUCCAGGCAGCGGAGGAGACCGCACUCGUACUGCAGCUCCCGCUCUGGAUCCUGGAGCCGCUCCAGCUCCUCGGCACGCUCCCGCUCUGGAUCCUGGAGCCGCUCCCCCUCUCCCUGCAGCAGGAGGAGGGACAGCCGCGGCAGAUCCGACUAUGACUGUUACAGUUAUGAUAAUUCAAGAGAUCGCGUCCACAGGCAGGAGUUGAGGAAUCAGCGCAAGGAGAAGGCCAUUGAGGAGAGGCGGGUUGUCUACGUGGGAAAGAUCCGCAGUGGCAUGACGAGGAAGGAGCUGAGGGAGCGCUUCUCUACGUACGGGGAGAUCGAGGAGUGCGCCCUGCACUUCAGAGAGGAGGGGGAUAAUUACGGCUUUGUUACGUACCGACACACGGACAAUGCGUUUGCUGCUAUUGAAAACGGGCAGAAACUCCGCCAGCCGGAUGAACUGCCCUUUGACCUCUGCUUCGGGGGGCGCCGGCAGUUCUGCAAAAUGAGCUACGCAGAUCUGGAUUCCAAUCGUGACUAUGAAUCCACUCCUGCAAGAAGCAAGUUUGAUGCACUAGACUUCGACACUUUACUGAAACAGGCCCAGAAGAGUUUGCGGAGGUAACCCCAAUAUUGAGCCCAUCGAGUGUGGAGAGAGAGCGAGAGAGAAUUACCUCAGAGCUGCUGACUGCCUGAUACCUACAGCUGCUUUUUUUGUUUUCUUUUUCUUUCCUUUUUACAAGCCGGCUCCUUCUAUGGAAGUGUGGUUUUGUAAAACUAAUUAAAAAAAAUAAAUAAAUAAUGGAAUGUGGUAAAAUGUAUAAAUAUGAAAUCUGAGUGUUUUUUAAAGAAGCAGUAUUUAAAGUAUUUGAACUGUUUAAAAACAAAAAUGACAAAAAAAAAGUAAACUCAAAAAUGAAAUGUAAUGUUUUUCCUUUGAAAUGUUUUGGGAGGGAAAAAUUGUAAUAAAAAGUAUUUAAUAAAUUCUGGCAAAACCUAAAUAAAAA